AUGAGACGUUUGCUCAGUAGCGACUUUAUCAAAACUUCGACAGGAAAAGAGAAAGUGAAUGCAACGUAUGAAGCUGCUUGCGUUAUGUGUCAUGCUAUCAAAAAAUUUUAUUCUUUUACAGGAAAGAAAGUUGGUUUCAAGGCAGCAGGCGGCAUUAGAUCAACUCGAGAAGCUUUAGCAUAUCAAGCUAUAGUGGAAGAAAUUCUUGGCACGGACUGGCUUGAACCGAAGUUGUUCCGUAUUGGAGCAAGCAGUUUGUUAGAUGAUAUUGUUAAGGAAUUAGGCAAAAGAUAA